UCACAGAUUUCAAAUUUCAAAAGCUUCUGAACAUGUACGGACAGCCGUCGAUCGGCGGUGGCUCUACGCCGCUCUCAACAGGCGCCAACUUUAAUCCAAAACCUAAUCUAUACUAUUCGCAGAGUCCGAAUGUCUUCCCUAAUCCUUUCCAAAACCUUUAUUUACAAUAUCAGAAUCCUAGCUUUUCAUUCCCAAACCCUAGCUUUCAGUUCCAGGCUCAGCUUUCGAGGCCGGCGACAGUAGCCGAGAGGAUCGAUAAGGCAGUGCUGACGGCUCACCGCGAAAUUCUCGCAACUGAAGAGGGCGUGUCAGCAUGGGAAGUGUCUCAAUCAGCUCUGGCAAUACUUCAGGCUGACACCUGGGAGUCUUUGGGUUUCCAAAUGCGGCAAGUGCCCUCUCUUCACCGCCUUAUGCUCACCGAAGGAAAGAUUAAUGACUUCAUUCACUGCUUUGCUGGCGCUCGGAGAAUUACAACAUUGCUUGAUUUGGAAAUUGCAAUAUGCAAUGCAGAGGGGGUUGAGCGGUUUGAAGAUCUGGAAUUGGGGCCUUUGGUGAAACACCCAUUAAUUAUACAUUAUUUUUCUCUCAGUGCUGAUGCCACAGAAAUGUGCCGAAUAACAAGUGAAGAGAUAGUGUCAUUGCUUUCUGAGUUAAUGGAUAUCAAUAAACAAAGAGAUGUAGAAAUUGAGGAGCUUUUGGAUUUUAUUGCAAAGAAGAAAUCUGUAACAGCCAAGGAAAAGCUUGGUGUGCGAAUUCAGAGCUUGGGGAUGCAUAUCACAUUAAUCCGAAAAGCAUGUCAGUUAGAAAACACCAGUGUUGCUGAAGAAAUUACACGGCUGGGAUGUAGCAAGAGUAGUAAACAAUCCAAAAGAAAGAGAAAGUAUAGCAAUAUUCAGAGUCCUGUUACUUCACCUCAAAAAGUGCGCAAAACAAAAAGGAUCCAAACACCAUUCAGUAGGAAAGAGCAGACAAAAAGUUCUGGCAAAAAGAAUAAAAGGGUAGUGAAACAACAAUCAACUGAUUCAAUUGAUUGCUCAUAUAGCAGUGAUUCAAUGAAGAUGUUCAUUACCACUUGGAAGGAGACAUGUCAAGCAAACAAUGUGGAUGAGGUGUUUGAGAAGAUGAUUCAAUUUUAUAGGACAAGGAAGAGAACAACAGCAAGAAAAUUGUUUUCCUUGUACCCAUUUGUUGGCUUGCUUCAUAUUGCUGUAACAUCUAUUAAAAAUGGAAUGUGGGAUAGCAUGGAUGAUACCUUCCAAAGUUUCAGCCAACUCGAUGUAGCAAACACAGUUUCUGAGAAUUGUUCUGAUUUUAUAUCCAUUCAUGUUGAAUCACCUAGAAGGAAAGCAUCCAGUCUUUCUCAAAAACUUUUGGCACCCGAACAUGAAGAUACAGUUUCAGCUUCAAAUUUGUCUAAUUUGAGAGAUGGAGGUCAGCUAUCUCUCUGCCCAGCUGAUGCUCAACAGGCACUUUUAACGGGUAGACUAGGAGAAUUUGUUGCUUUCAAAUACUUCAUUGGAAACGUUGGUAACGCAUCUGUGAAGUGGGUGAAUGAAACUUUUGAGACUGGGCUGCCUUAUGACCUUGUAGUGGGAGAUCAGGAAUACAUAGAAGUGAAGGCAACAACAAAUGUCAGAAAGGAUUGGUUCAAAAUAUCCGCAAGGGAGUGGCAAUUUGCUGUUGAACAGGGUGAACUUUACAGCAUUGCACAUGUCAUGUUAUCAGUUACUAAUACAGCUACAGUGACAGUAUACAAAAAUCCUGCCAAACUCAUCCAGCUUGGUAAGCUGCAGUUAGCCAUUGCAAUCAAUUAACUUUUAUUCUUCGAUAUUGCCCAGAAUGCUGGAAUUCUGAGGAUCCUUCACUAAACGAGUGAGAUCCGAAGAAAACAAACUCUAUUUACUAGACAGGUGAUUGGGGAUAUGAGCAGUGUUAGAUUUUCUGAUAUAGGAUGCUGAGCUUGAUUCAUUGCGGUGAAUUUUCAUUUGGAGAUGUAUCAUUUGGUAAAUCUGUUCAAGUAUAUAAAGAUCCCUGGCUGCCUGAUCCUAUAUGCCCUAUGGUGCAAUCUGAGGCUCAACAGGAAUUAUGGGACAUUUUGGUGGAAUCUCUUCUUCAAACUGAUGGCAAAGCAUGUAAUGAAGAAAUCUUGGCAGAUUUAUUUGAUCAGUGAGAUAGGGAACUGAUUAUGAAUAUCCCUGUUUCAGUAAUGAAAGCUGAGGACAAGCUGAUUUGGAAUGCGGAGGAGUAGGGGGAGUUUUCUGUCAAGAGUUGCUACCGUAAGACCACCAGGGAAGCUCAAAUAACGGAAGGAACAACAUGGACAAGGAUGUGGGCUAUCAAUAUUCCUCCAAAAGUGAAGAUAUUUUUCUGGCAGACUUGUGUGAAUUGCCUGCCUCCGGGGAAGCUCAAAUAACGGAAGGAACAACAUGGACAAGGAUGUGGGCUAUCAAUAUUCCUCCAAAAGUGAAGAUAUUUUUCUGGCAGACUUGUGUGAAUUGCCUGCCUACCGCACAAGCAUUUUGGGUAAUACGGUACAAUGUUCUAUUUUGUGGUAGUGAUACUGAGACUCCUCUUCACCUUUUCAUGCAUUGCAAAAUGGCUAAGGAUUGCUGGGAUACUGUGGGGGGUUUAAGUAUGACAAAUGUGGAUUCCUUUGAAGAAUGGGUUGAGAUCAAUUUCAUGGGGCAUACUGAUGAGAAAUGUUGUGAGUUGAUAAUGGUGUGCUGGAGCCUGUGGCAAGCUUGAAACAACAAAGUCUGGAAUCAACAGAGCUCAUCACCGUAUGGUAUCCUGCGAGAGGCCAAGUUUUUUUUCAACAUGGCUGGAGGGAGGCAAGGCGACUUGGAGACCAAAAGAAGAAUAGAGAUAAUGCCUUGGUGACUAAAUGGGAAAAACCUCCUGAUGGUUGGCUUAAGUUGAAUGUCGAUGCGGCAAUUGACACGGCAGGUAGAAAGAUGGGUUUUGGGUGUGUUUUGUGAGACCAAAAUGGCGGCUUUGUUUUGGUGAAGGAAGUUCCAUGGAAAAGACUGUUCAAUCCAAAGGUGGAAAAGGCUGUAGUCAUUAGGGAUGCUUUGUCAUGGAUGAAGAAUUCUGGUCUGGACAACAUACAAGUUGAAACGGAUGCCAUGGAGGUGCUGAAUGGUCUCAAAACUGGCAGAAUGAAUGCCUCUUUUGAUCUAUUAGAACUAGCAAAGCAGUUCACAAACAUUUGCUUUUUACAUGUUAAACAAUCUACGAAUAUGGUCACUCAUUUACUAGCUUAGGAGUCAUAGAGUGGUUCACCAUUCCUUAUUUUUCCGUGCAUGAAGCUUUAAACUUGCCCCUUCCCCCCCCAAAAAAAUGUUUUGUUUAAUAUACAUGUUUUGCUUUA